AUGUGUCGGAAAAUAACAGAAAUCAUAUCAGGUACCCAAAAGUUUACAUACUCGUUUGAAUUAACGCCAGAUAUAAACGUCGAAGACAUAGAAAACCUUGAAAUAGAUCCAUUGUUUUAUUCGAUAACAUGGCAUGCAAAGUUAUAUGCAUUUGAAAAUUUGGAUAUUGCACCUUUAAGAUUGGUUGAAAAAUUAAGAAAUAAAAAGAAAACUGUUUUAUUGCAUUUAUCCUGUGAUAAAUUGAGAACUGUUUAUUUGGAUAAAAUACUAGAUUAUCUUAAAUCAAAGGGCGUAUGUAAUUUAUUCGUUUUACUGGGAGAAGGCUUUGAUGCAAAUUCAUCUGAUUUUAAAUCAACGUCAGAAUUGAUAUCCUACAUACGCAAACAUUCUGGAAACUAUUUCUGUAUUGGCGUUGCUGGACACUGUGAAAAAGAGGCGUCAAUUGGAAAUUUGAAGGAAAAGGUCAAUAGUGGGGCUGAUUUUAUUUUAACUCAAGCCUUUUUCGAUGCAGAUAUUUUUAAAUCGUUUUAUACGAAAUGUCGAAGUGAAGGCAUUGUUAUUCCAAUAAUUCCAGGAGUAUUUCCAUAUGAAUCAUACCAGGAAAUAGAUAAAUUCAUAAAUACAUGUAAGAUUUCUGUAGAAGAAAGUCUUGUGGAGACCAUUAAAAAUUAUGGUGGCAUCGACAUAAUUAAAGGUCUAGUUCAUCAAAUUUACUCUGAAAUGGACGUCAAACAUUUCCAUUUCUUUACUUUAAACAAGCUCGAGAGGGCUUUAAAAAUUAUAACGAUACCUACUUCCUACCUAGUGACACCACCCCAAACAUACCCAGAACGCAGAGUCUGCAUAAAUGCAGCUACAUCUUAG